GUAUUCUGCCAUUGUCAAAAGCAAAUUGUCAUCAUUGACUUUCAGGUCACGAAACUCACAAACAACUCCUUACUGCUUUUGGUUUAUGUUUAUAUUGGCUGCUCCGCCGACAAAAGCCACCGUAAGCUCACCGCCCACCCAAGAUGAUGACAGACGGGGAAAUCCUGAAGAAGCUAGAGGACUCCACGAAGAACGCUAAUCAGCACCAGCUGGAAACUCUUCGCUCAAUCCUCCAACACCAAAGCCCUGUGUUUUAUCUCCAAUCGCGCCUCUCACUCUCACCUUCCAAUCAUACAUCCAUCGACGCAGCAACUUUCAAGCUGGUUGUGCCGUUAUCUUCCUACGAUGAUUACGCUCAUCACAUUAAUCAAUUGGCAAGUCGUUCCUUUGAUCACCAUCACGCUGAUCAGCCUCCCCUCUCCGUUGACCCGUUGGUUUGCUUCUUUUACAGCUCCGGGACAAGUACUAUGAAGCCGAAAUUGAUUCCUUAUUUUGAUUCAGCUCUCUCAAAAGCUGCUUCACAUAUAGCUCACCAAGGCAGUGCCGCUAUUCUUCGAAGGUUGUUUCCCCCCAAGCAUGAUGUUAAUAAGAUCCUAUGUUUCAUUUUCUCUGACAAUAUAACAACAACGAAAGGUGGGUUCAAGGUUAUGGCCGCCUCUUCUUUUCCUCUGUAUAGAAGUAGAAAUGAGAGCUGGUCUCGACUUAGUUACUUCUCUAGUCGGGAAGUCAUUCUUGGGUCAAAUGUGAAGCACCAAAUGUACUGCCAUCUUCUCUGUGGUCUUAGGAAUUCUGAAAUUAUGGAUGGAAUUAUAAGCCCGUAUGCCAUAGGCUUGAUUAAAGCAUUUAGUUUUUUAGAAUCUAAUUGGGAGCAGUUAUGUGAUGAUCUCAAAAACGGGUAUCCAUGUGUCGAUAUUAGUGACAAUUCAAUGAGGGAUUCUGUCGUUCAGGUUCUUGGUGGACCACAACCAGAGUUAUCAGAAAGGAUUCGAUCAAUUUGUGGAGAAAGUGACUGGGCCGGGAUUGUGACUAAAUUAUGGCCUAAGGCUCGUUACAUUAAGUGUGUUGCAACUGGAAGUAUGAGGCAGUAUUACUCAAAAGUUAAAUAUUAUGCAGGAAAUGUUCCUGUUUUGGGAGGAGAUUAUUUUGCUUCAGAAUGUUGUGUGGGUAUUAACUUGGAUAUUUUUCAAUCUCCAGAGACAACACGAUUUGUUAUACUUCCAACGGCAGCCUAUUUUGAGUUUCUUCCAUUUGAUUUGGAAAAGAGUGACAUUAUAGAUGAAGAAACUGUUGAUAUUUCUGGAGUUGAGGUUGGGAAGAUGUAUGAAGUGGUUGUGACUACUCAUAGAGGAUUUUAUAGAUACCGUUUAGGUGAUGUUGUGAAAAUUGUUGGCUUCUAUAAUUCUUCUCCAGAAGUGGAGUUUGUGAUGAGAGCUCCAAAAAGUUCUUUUGAGAUAAUAACUGAAAGAGACUUGAUGUCUGCCAUGGAGAGUUUUCAAAUGUUGCUAAGAAAUGUUAUGGCUGCUGAGAUUGGGGAGUUUGCAAGUUUCAUUAACUUGGAUUUAAGCCCAAAGAAGCUAAUAAUUUUUCUGGAAAUUAAAGAAGGGUGCAUUUUUCUUCAAGAGGAGAAGUUACCAGAGGCAGCUGCAGUUCUAAGAAGUUGCUGUUCCUCGCUUGAGGAUGAACUGGGAAGCAUUUAUAAGGUGCAAAGGACUAAAGGUGCCAUAAGCCCUUUAUCACUAUCCAUUGUGAAGCCUGGUAGCUUUGAUAAGUUGUUGCUAGUAGCCAUUGAGAAUGGAGCAUCAGCUAGUCAAUAUAAACCACCUAAGAUCAUAAGAAAUCGUGAAAUUGUUGAAUUUAUGGAAGGAUGUUGUCUUGUGACUCUGUGUUUGGAUGCUUUAGAUGGUUAAUGGAUUGGGCUGAAUGAUCAUGCAUGUUUUGCUCCUGUGGAUAAAAAUGUAUCCGCCAUAGUUGAUCAAUGAAAUUAACAUCUUUUCUAUAGUGCAAUACAUGGCGAAUAACCGAAGUUUGGUUUGGUUAAUGGGCAAGAAUCUUCAAUAUGAUUUGGAAAGUAUAAUCUUGCCAGUUUUAGAACUUUACUGGAGUUUCCAGAUCAUCUAUGUGCACCCAGCAUCAAUUGUUUAUUAGUGCAAUUGGGAUUAAAAAGCGCACACACCUGUACGAGUGUUUUCUGCUCUGUUCCAUCUGGGCUUGUUAGUGUUUGCUGAAACAAUUUCAGGGUCAACAAAUCAGGAGCUUUGAUCGAGAAUCAAGGUUCGGAGGCACAAAUAUGAAGUUGGUGGAUGGAUAUUUUCGCCCCAAUUUCCAUAUUGCUGGUGCAAUGCUAUGGUUACGCUUCCACCUGAAUAUGUUGUCUUCCUUAAUAUUUGCAUUUUCUCUGAUUCUCCUAAUUCAUGUCCCGAAGGAUGCAAAAGUUUUACAUAAGAAUAGUUUUUAUGCUCGUAUA